AUGAAAUUUCCACAGCCAACGUACACCGAGACUCAGCUCGAGACAUAUCUGCAGCAUAUCAGAUACCCCAUCACAAACACAGAGACAACCUUGUUGGAAAGCGUGCAUCAAAAAGUUCGAUCAGAUGCGCUUGAAACAUUGACUGAGCUGCAGAGACUGCAUCUCUGUAGAAUUGCGUGGGGCAAUUCCGGCCUUCAUUACUCCCAUCACCAUACCAUCUCUUUGGAUCCCGACGUACUAUUCGAGAAGAUGGUCGAGCGAGGAUUGGAUGGGUAUUGCAUGGAAAAUUCGGGUCUUUUCUUCAUUGUCUUGCGGUCUUUGGGUUUCCACGUUUAUGCCACUGGUGGAAGAGUGAGUCGCUCUGUCGGAACAGGCGUAGAUGACGGACGUUAUAUGCCAUUAGGACAUAUGAUAUUGAUCGUGAUCAUCAAUGGCUCGAAAUAUAUGAUCGAUGUUGGUUUUGGAAAUGGCUGCGCGACAGCACCUCUUCCUCUCCAGGAAGGGGCGAUUGCUACGAAUAUAGCGCCCUCAGAGAUGCGCCUCAUCAGAGAUAGCCUGAAUGAAUGUAUCAAUCAGGAUCAGAAAGUCUGGAUCUACCAGACAAGGCACAACCCUGACAGCAAUUGGAUGCCAAAUAUCUGUUUUUCGGACGUGGAAUUCCUGCCGCAGGAUUUUGGCGUUAUGAACUUCGCCGUGAGCCAGAAACGCACCAGCUGGUUCACUCAAACCUUCGUUUGCACGCGGAUGAUUCUCGACCCAUCCGGGCAAGAGAUCAUCGGGCAACAUGUCAUUUCUGGCAGAGAAGUGAAGCGACGGAUCCACGGGCAAUCGGAAGUAUUGAAAACUCUUAAUAGCGAAAAGGAACGUGUUGAGGCACUAGCAGAACACUUUGAUGUGCAUCUUCACCCGUCUGAGGUUCGAGGUAUCCUGGGCUUGAGUUCAGAGCUCAAAUAA